AGCGUUCCCAGAUCAAAGGUAUCAAAGUUAGCUACUCUCAGUCAUAUGGAGAGCCCUCACACCAAACGCAUUGCCAUCUCUGGCCACAAGGCCCUAAGAUUACAUGUCACUACAGUGGAAGGCUUUCCCUCCUCCUCUGAUAGAGACCAGCUGUGUUGGGACCUCAUCCUGGAAUCGUCCAAGCAAGACAAGUUGUUGUGGGAGAAGAUGAAGGAGAUACAGGGUUAUGACGCCCUCAAGGCUCAGCUCAUUGACUAUGCAAUACUCUUGCAGACAUGGAAAGGCGCCACUCAGAUAAGGGGUGAGCUUGUCGCCAAAGCCAGAAUUAGUAUUCCCGCCUGUUUUGGAGUUGGCACAGGCUCCGACUGGACUGAUGAUGACCUCCAGGAAGCUUUGAAGUGGUUGCUGGAUGAUAUGAGGUUUAUGAAUGGCGGCAUGGAUGUAAGGAAUCUCACCUGUGACACACAGGCGCCACUCAAAAACCCAGCAUUCAGAGUACUACUGGAGGCUCAGUGGUGGGGUAGGAAGGGAAAUGCCUACACAGAUAAUCUUCCUAUCCUGGCUCUUAUCACUUGCGCAGUAAGUGACCAUCCUUCAUGCUUGAGUGUGUGA